UUCUUAAACUUGAUUGAAAGAGCAAAAGCAGAGGCGCCAGACAUAAAAGAUAUGAAUGAUAUGAUAUGAACAUAUUUUGCAAGAAUUGAUUAUUGAUAAUAUUGUAUCAAGCUCAAUCUACAAUCUACAAUCUCCUGACUAUAUACCUAUUCGCCGUCCAUCAUGUUGUAUUCUUGGCGCGAAAUCGAUCCCGAACAACUCCCUCCCAGGCCCAAAUAUCGCGAUUGCAGCAGCCACAUGUGCAAACCUCAUUUCCAAAAUCUCGCGCUUCCUUUUCUCCCUCAAUAUCCAGAGUUUUCACGAGAGGAACUCCCACUGGCAUUCCCGGGGGAUUUACCAGCAAAUUAUACUCUGAUAAAAUCGCAUUAUCGAACACUUUCAAGAAUACUGCAUCCCGAUAAACUUCGGAAAUAUGCCAGAGAGAGUCCACCUCCAAAAUCGUAUGUAUAUUUACCUUUCCAUUCACCACCCCACCCCCAAAUUCAUUUGCGCAGCUUUCCAUUAUCCAAAUCGAUCUAAAUCAUUUCAUUUAAUACUUCUCAUUCUCCCAAUCUUAGAUUUCCACCCCUCGAACCACGACGUCCAUUCGAGCCCACCAAUCCUAUGCUUCGGACCCCGACUACCAACGCCGAAAAAGCUCUCAGUUUUGUCAUGGCCGCGCAUGUCGUACUUAUCGAUGCACGCGCUCGACAAUUUUACGAAGAAUACUGCACUGGACUCCCCGGUCGGAACAUGAACCAUGAGGAUUGGUGGAAUCACGGGGGGAAGGGUGAAAAAUCAUACACAUUAAAUGGAUGGAUGGAUGUGAACGAAAGAGAGCGACAGGGAUGGGGAAGAAAACCUUGGUUUUGGGAAUAUGAGUAUGGACUUGGAAAAACCAGGCCUUUGAUUGUUGUGGGAGGUAUUGGAUGGAGAGAAAGCUUUUGGAUUAAUUUUUUCCCUGGGUUUGGGGAAAGAUGGGGAUAUAUAAAUAUGGAAGUGAAAGGAAAGAAAAGGGGUGGAGGGCAAAUGAAAAAAGGGAGAGCCAGAUCCGAUAUCAAUGAUAUGAAAAUCGGGGGCUACGGAGGAGAUGGAACGGGAGUAGGUAAUGCGGAGACAAUCGUGAAUGUAGGUCAUUAUUAUAUUGACAACUAUCUCCCACAUUCGUUUUCAGAUUGGAUUUGGGAGAGAUGCGAAGAUUUUAGAAAGGUAUGUGCUACUGGCACACAUCCCUUGUUUCACAUGCACCCACUCGCUAUGGACUUAUUACUAACAAUCCAAUAGUGGCGUGGUUAUGGUUUUACCGGAGGACAUUUCGAAAUCGACCCCGAAACCUCAAAGAGAACAUGGAAAGGACCGCAUGGGGAAUGGCUUGCUUUCCGCGAAACAGAAAGCGCUGGCUCUGGUUCAAGUAGCAACCAUGGUGUACAGGCUGAGCUUGGCUAUCCGACUACUUUUGGAGAACACUGCGAAGGAAGGAUUUGGUGGGUUUGGAUUCCUUCUUCUGCAGGUGGAAGUGGUGAGUAUUGAAUGUUCUUGUGUUUGUCUGUUUUCGAGCAUUGGCAGCAGACGGGCUUUGCUAAUCUAUCUAUAAUCUUUCCAGUUUCCAAUCUGGGAAUCGGCAGAUUGGCGGGAAGUGGAGUUGAUAGUUUACAGGGAAGAAAUUUAACCGAGUGAGUACAUUUAUUUUUCAAUGCCAUCUCAUCUCUAUGAGAGAUUACUUACCUACGUAUCGAUAAAAAGCUAAUCUUGUCUACACUAGACUCCCUUGGUCGCAACGAUUUCAUAAUACCGACAAACAAGGAAUCAACAACUUCGAGCUAUUUGAUCCCGACGUAAUGGCGUUAUGUAUCGGUGUGCUGGGGUUUUGGUUCAUAGUAUUUUGUACAUGGGGUAUGAGGAGAAUGAAGAGAUGGGUUGAGGGGGAGGGCAAGAGUAGAACUGGGGUGGAUAAAGAGAAAGAGGAAGAGAAAGAGAAGGAGAAGGAGAAGGAGAAGGAGAAGGAGAAGGAGAAGGAGAAGGAGAAGGAGAAGGAGAAGGAGAAGGAGAAGGAGAAGGAGAAGAAAAUGAUGAAUGGUCAACUCCCGGCUCUAACUCCUUGUCGAUUCGAUUCAAAUGAUUGGGAUUCUAGUGAGAGUACUAGUUUCCGGAGUGAUCGGAGAGAAUCAAUUUACUCAAGUGGUGUCUCAAGUGAUGAGAGUACUGGGGGAGACUAGAGAGAUACAUGUAUUAAGCAAUAGUUCCUACAGAGAUUCAGGUCGAGGGUUUACAGUACGAGAUAAACUCUGUGUCCUUUUGCGGCUUUUUUUGGUCUUU